GAGGAGAGGGGACGGCGAGAGAGGGGGGUGCAUUUUAUAUAUAAGCGGCAUCGGCUGUCUCGGGCAGUUGUGCUCAGAGCAAGCGGCCAGGUGCUGUGCGUAACCCAGAGGGGUACCUUGUGGGCUGAGUUAGGGGGUGCUCGCUUCACCGCUCUGCUCGCUCGAGGCAAAUCAGAAGGACGAGGAGGGACCUCGUCCUCGCGUCUCCUCUCACCCGCAGCAGCGCCUCCUCGCUCGACUCUCCCAAGUCCCAGCCACCCGCCACCUGCUCGCCGGGUCAAGAUGCUAUUUUGGCACACGCAGCCGGAGCACUAUCACCAGUACACGCCUCCCAACAGCUACCUGCGAGACGUGUUGGCGCUGCCCAUCUUCAAGCAGGAGGAGAGCAACAUGCCCAGCGAGCCAGACUCCAAGUCGCCGCCGCUCCAGUACGUGAUGUGCGCGGCCAGCUCGCCGGCCAUCAAGCUGCACGAAGAGACGCUCACCUACCUCAACCAGGGGCAGUCGUACGAAGUGCGUUUGCUGGACAACAGGAAGAUCGGGGAGUUGGCUGAGCUCAACGGGAAGCUCGUGAAGAGCAUCGUGCGCGUUGUGUUCCACGACCGGCGGCUGCAGUACACGGAGCACCAGCAGCUGGAGGGUUGGCGCUGGAAUCGCCCAGGAGACCGCAUUCUUGACAUUGACGUGCCGCUCUCCGUGGGGAUUGUGGACCCACGCACGAACCCCACUCAGCUCAACACCGUCGAGUUCCUCUGGGACCCAACCAAGCGCUCCUCCGCCUUCAUCCAGGUGAACUGCAUCAGCACGGAGUUCACGCCCCGCAAGCAUGGCGGUGAGAAGGGGGUGCCCUUCCGAAUCCAGUUCGAUACAUUCAAGCAGGACGAGAGUGGGGAAUACACAGAGCACCUGCACUCUGCCAGCUGCCAGGUCAAGGUGUUCAAGCCAAAGGGAGCCGACCGGAAGCAGAAAACAGACCGGGAAAAGAUGGAGAAGAGAACUCCACUUGAAAAAGAAAAAUACCAGCCUUCGUUCGAGACCACCAUUCUGACAGAGUGCUCCCCGUGGCCCGACAACUCGUGCCUCAGUAACAGUCCCCCUGCGACGCCCAGCUUCUGCUCCAGCCAACAGAGCUACAGCCUCUCCGAAACCUCUGGAAACUGUUCGUCGUCGUCACCCAUUCACCAGGGAGAUGGGCUGCUGCCGUUACCCACAGGAGAGCAACUCAUUCCAUCGGCCACCAUUCAAGAGACCCAGCAAUGGCUGCACAAGAACCGGUUUGCCAAGUUCUCUCGCCUCUUCAACAACUUUGCCGGUGCCGACCUGCUAAAGCUGUCAAGGGACGACCUCAUUCAGAUCUGCGGCCCUGCUGACGGAAUUCGGCUCCACAACGCCCUCAAAGCGAGGUCUGUGCGGCCACGGUUGACGAUCUACGUUUGUCAGGAGUCUCAGCAAGCAGUGUACCAUGCCAUAUACCUGGAGGAGCUCAAUAGCCUGGAACUCACGGACAAAAUUGCCACUCUCUUCACAAUGGUGCCCCACCUCAUCAGCAGCGUGUAUCGGCAGGGACCCACGGGGAUCCACGUCCUGGUUAGCAAUCAGAUGAUUCAAAAUUUCCAAGACGAGACCUGCUUUGCAAUCGACAUGGUAAAAGAUGAAAACAGUGACUGCUACCACGUCAUUUUAAAAUGAAGCUAUCGUCCAAGGACAACAUCAGAAUAUAAUAUAUACGUCAAGCUUCUCAUGCCUAAAACAAGAAAAAUCUAGGUUGAGUGUUAACAUGCCAGAGAUGCUAAGAGUCUCUUGGUGUGUGUGCCUUGGUGAGAGGUUGCUAGGGUUAGAGCGUGAAAGAUGGAGAAAUUUAAACCUGGGAGAUGUCUUCGGUUCCAGCCUGCAGCAAGGACGAUGCUAAGCAGAGAGGAGCUAGUAAUUCCUGUCACUUUUACAUUCCUUCGGAUCCCAUUACCUCCGACAGACCAAUAUGCAUAUGCACAAGCUUGUGUUGCCACAAGCGCCAGCUUCGGGUAGAGGAAUGCCGUCCUUUCCAGUUUAAUAAACAUGUGCAGGACACAAAAUAAAGAUUGCUUUGUUGAUUUAAAGCUUUCGUGAUUGCAGGGAUUCAUAUUCUUGGUUCUUUCGGUAAAGUCACGUAGAAGGGAAAC